AUGGCUUGCGCGCCGUUGCUAACCGAAGACGAUCUGCUGCGCUUCCGAACCAAGGCAUGUCUCCGUCUUGCCCAGGGUUCAUGCAGCUUCGGCCUAGAUCGCUGCCAGUACUGCCACAGUUCAGUUUGGACCAGGCGAUCGCCAUUCUUUCCGGUGGGAGCUCACCAACAGCGAAAUCAAGACGAUCGUCCCCAGGGUACGGUGGCGCUGCUGCGUUACUUGCCAGUCGCGUGUAGCAACCUCAUUGUAUCCGAUGGAAACAUCACAGCGGUCCCUUGCCAUCGUGGUCAGAGCUGUCCGUUUGCCCACAGUCGAGACGAGAUAGUCUACCAUCCCCUGCUGUACAAGACUGAAGAAUGCGACAAUCACGAGACUUCCAGGUGCAACACAUACUAUUGCUGGAAGGCGCAUGGCACGAAAGAAAGACGGAAACCGCCGAAGCUGAGACUGGGCUUGAUUAAAGGAGUUGACGUUCAGGUUUUCUACCCCGGCAUAACAGUGGUUCAGCUGAACUCUUCCGGGCAAAAGCCCAUUUCUGGCAAGGGCAAAUCUAGCGAGACAUCGAAAGGUUGCGGUGGAGGCCAGUGUAAAGUAAACCCUAACUCAGGAACGGACGCGCAAGCGUAUUCUCAAAAGGUAGCCGAAAUGCUCCAACGAUCGGCAGAAACUGUCAUCGGCAUAAAUUCGAAGCCAGCCGCGACGGGACCUCACGGGCCAGGUGAAGAAUCGGAUGACCGUUGCGUGACAGUAGGGAAUGCCGCUGCAUUGAUCGCUGUGAUGAGGUUGCAGGCAAAUUGGUUGCUAGGGAAGAACAGCGACAUGAAUGUAGAGGAAUGUCGAGCCGAAGGCAAGCAUCCCAAGAAUUUUGCGGAAAUCGCCUCGGAGGAGGGCUAUGCAGAGGGAGACAUGUUCGGGUGUCUGCAUUCCGCUGCAGUGGCCUCAUCCAGCCCCUAUCGUAGGACAAACGGGGAGUUCGACAGGCUACCAAACUGGAGACGCCUAGCAGCCGACCAGUCACACACGGUUACCCGCGCAAACAGUGAUGGUGAGCUUCUUCUGUCUCCUGGUGGUAGAAGCAGUCGACAGGGGUCAGAACAAAGCUGCUCGAGGACAGUGAGCACCUCAGGAUGUGACAACACUUACGAGGGUGGUUCGUUUCUUCAGGUUCCCCCUGCCAUUAAAACGGAUUCCGCAGUGGACGACGAAAUGCCCAUUUUGGAUUUGGCCCGUUGUGAAUCGACUUGGGUCCGGAAAGCGUGUGAGGGUGAAACACAGGUUGCGAGUGAGACGGCUUUCAAUGAUGCCAAAAUGUCAGAAUGCAGGCCCGUAAGCGUCCAGCUCCACAAGCAUAGUUCCCAGCUCCUGGAGCCACGUGCCUCCGACUCGCCGAGAUUAUCCGCAGCCACGGGCGAUACAGAAUCCCGAUUCGAGGACGGGAUGUCGCUGCCACCGCGACAGAUUUGGGCCCAAAAGGUCAUCGCUAGUCGAGCUGUCAACGGUCGGGACACGCGUAGGCUCGAGUCACGAGCAGUGACCGCAGGGAGCUCGAUUGAGGAAAGUCAGAUUGACGGCGGCCGUUAUACACGUAGAGAUGGGGAAGAGUACGCGGAAGGCCCCAGAUUCCUUUCAAGUAGAGCGUACGGAGAUAAACGACAGGCAACAGAUUCAACCUUCGGCGGUAGUAGCCGCUCUGCCAGUGGCGAGAAACUCGUCCAGGGAGACGAAAUUUGGGGCGGACAGGAUGCGCUGGAUGUAGGUGCAAACUUCUCGGGGGGCCGUCCGGUGUCGGCUAUAAUGGGACAGCAGGAGAUCAACAGGGGACAAACAGCCCAGAGAAAUGAGGGUAUUGAGACUGCCAGGCCGCAGCUGAGGCAAGCUGUAAAUGCUUUGGAGUUCAUCAAGGAUGGCAACGCCGAGGACUUCAAAAACGAUUUUCUUCUGGCUGUAACAAAGGAGGUACGGUUCAUGCAUAGCCACAGCGCAGGCUCGCCGACUUCUUUCAGGUUCUCACCCUAA